CCAGACAGAGUGUUGAGGCCAGGCCGGCACGAACAGAGUGUGACGAGUCGCGCGUGAGAGCUCCCUUCGAUUUUCUACCAUCGAAUCGAGCUACGACGUCAACGCUAGCAUCUGUGGCGAAUCCCGCAGCGUAUCGUCGUCCAUAUCCACCAUGAGGCUCUCCCUGCUGCUGUCGUUCAUUGCGACCGCCUCGUCCUUGCGUCGGUCCUCCGGGUUCAUGUUUGCCGCUGCUGGUGCCAGGAGUGGGUCGUGUAGCAAAUGGAGUGGCGUUCCGUGCACCAUGCACGCCUGCAAAGGCCCGUCUCGAACAGCGAUACCAGCAAGUGCCAGCAGGGGUUGGUGCUAUGCGUCAAGCAGCUUGCGGAUGGGUGAAACAGCAGGAGAGGAGGGGUUGGCGGCGGAUGGCGGAAGCAGCGAUGGAACAGCUCUCGCCGAGGCUCGAAUAUUGGUCCAGGGGCAGUCUACCGGCGGAUACUUCCGAGCGCACGCCAGGAACGAGGCCCACUUCAACCGCAAGCUGUGCGGGGCAUUGAAAGAGCUGGGUCAAGGGCAGACGGAGAUCAUCGUCGAAGGGAAGACUAGCGCCAUCCGGAGCUUCCUGCGGUGGUGUAAGAGGGGGCCCGGCUUGUCUCAACAGAUUCAGGAAGUGACGGUGGACUGGGCCGAGUACACGGGAAUAUUCGACGGCUUCGAGGUGUUCCCCGACGAGACUUCCCAAAACACGGCAGCCGCGGGGGCCCCGUGAUGCGGACGCAGAAGGUUUGCCUCCCCGUGGCCCCUCAUCGCCGUUGACAGUUCAGGAAAAUCAGAGACGGGGAAUGAGAAGCUCGGAAAUAGGGCGCCAGCGCCUGGUCCAGAGAGAAGGAUUGGGCGUUACAUCAUCCUUAUGUCUUCAGCGGUCUGGUUUGGUACCGAACACCAUUAAGGCCACAUCGAUAAUAUAGUUUACCGUUUCUUCGGACCCCCUGGCGAAUCAUUAGGCAACAGAUGAGAACAGUUUUCGUCCAUCGCUUGAUUUCAACUGAAAGACAUGGUCCACAACAAUAGCUCUCGGGCCGUAGGGGGUACUACGCAUCGAGGCCUUUUCGUUUUAGCAUGCGGAAGAAGGCGUAGCAACCACGUCGAGCGCUGAAUGCUAUAAUUUACGCGCGCACGCCGCGAUGAGGGAAAAACAGUGCCAGUCGGCGUGCCCUUUGUGUUUCCCACGCAGCAGCAGUUAGUUACGUCAGCGGGUCGGCCUUCCUCCUGCCGGGUGGGAAUAGCUUGUUUGUCCGAUUUGUGCUCUCGUGGAAUCGGAAGCGAACCUUUUCCUGGCGGACAGAAAGGGUACACCAGACACAGUCGCGGCAGGACUACAAUUACAUCAGCGUAAUCUGAUUUUUUUCUUUCCCAAGACUGCCUUCAGCCCGAGACGGGUGGUGUUCUCGACUGGCGGCCACACCACCUUGUGCAGUAAACGGGGAGAGUGGUUUUGCCGUGGGGGUGGUCACAUGUGCCUGCCAGUGGUAUUGGUAUGCUUUAAAUAAUACCAU